ACUUUAUCAUACAGUGCUCUCUAUGCAAAUUGCAAUACAUCAUCGCCGUCGUCGUUUCAAAAUCAAUUUUUUCUCAAUUUCUCCCAAUCAGACACUCACCCUAUCUAAUCUCCUUUUCAAUUUCUCAACCUUAAGUCUCUCUCUCUAAAAAAGAUUAAAAUUUCCAUGGACCCACCUCCUCCUUCAUUAUUGAUCCCCCCACCAGUUCCGCCGUCCAUCCCUCCACCACCACCCACCACCCCCACCCCCCCCGCGACUGAAACCCCCCAUUUAGCUCCUCCACCCAACCCUGCCCCCAUCAUAACCCAUCCUUCCUAUGCUGAGAUGAUAUAUUCAGCGAUUACAGCUUUGAAAGAACAAGAUGGGUCAAGCAGGAUAGCCAUAUCAAAGUAUAUAGAGAGAGCUUACCCUCGUUUACCACCGAGUCACUCUGAUUUGUUGACACAUCACUUAAAACGCUUGAAAAAUAGUGGGGCUCUUGUUCUCAACAAGAAAUCUUACAUGUUACCCAGAUCUGACAUUAACACAAACAUCACUGCUACUACAACUACCACAACUACUGUUUCUACUAACCCACCUCAAAUUCAGCCACAGAAUGUUGCUCCAAUCUCUUCAGCUCCUCCUGAGCAGAAAAGGGGCCGUGGAAGGCCCCCUAAAACUAAGUCUAAUGGGCUUCCUCCAACUCCUGCGCCUAUGCUUGCUAAUGGGCAGCCACAGACUGGUCUUGGCUCACAUGUUUCUGUUACUGCCCAGACCCAAAGUCAGCUUGUUGUGAGUUCUGUUGGGACUCCUGUUGACCCCACCUCGACGGGGAGGAAAGGCCGGGGACGGCCAAAGAAGAUGGUGGUGACUGAAGCUGGGCCGUUAGUGCUGAAGAAAGGAAGAGGGAGGCCACCGAAUAGUGGGCUGUUGGGGUCCAAGAAGAGUCCAGGAAGGCCCAGAAAGCCUAAAUCUUUGGUGGGUGCUAAAAAGGGUCCUGGACGUCCACCUAAGAAUCAGUUGAAGCCAGUGACUGUUCCUUACGCUGUUGCUUCUCCUACUGCUACUGCUACUGAUGCAGCAGCUGUGUUUAAUGUGGCAUCACCAAAGCCCAGAGGCAGGCCAAGGAAGGGUGCAGCCCCAACUGCUGCUGGCGCUGUUGUGAUGGUGCAGGAUAAGGGACCGGGUCGCCCGGCUAAGGUUCCUGGGGUUAUGAAGCUGAAGCCUAAGAAGAAUUCUGGCAGGCCUGUCGGCCGGCCUAGGAAGAAUGCAAAUGCACCAUGGGCAAUUAACAGGGCAACUCAGCUUCAAGCACAAGCAGAAUUGCAUGGAGAUCUUAAGAGGAAACUUGAAUUUUUUCAAUCAAGAGUUAAGCAAGCCACUGGGGUCCUAAAGCCUCUUUUGACCAGUGCCACAAUCAGUGCAGUUGCAGCAAUCCAAGAAUUAGAAGGGCUUGCAUCAAUGGACAUUAAUGUACCAUGGAGGGAGGAACCUCAACCACAAACCCAGCCACAGCCACUGCCCCUGCCCCUACCGCAGCCACAGCCGCAGCCGCAGCCACUGCAGCAACUGCUCCAGAGUUAGGAGAAAUGUACAAGGAUCAUGAAUUUGUUCGUGAUGUUAGAGAACCACAUUUUCAGGAUCAGAACUUUGCAAGAAACUUUCUAACCAAGACAGGAGUAAAAAACCUAAAUGUCUGUAAAGGGAAUUAGGGAGGACUAAUUGUUGUGAAAAUGAGGAUGUAGCUUGUUAUUUAAGCGAUCAUGGAUUUCAUUCUGUUUUAGAUUUGAGAUAUCAUUACGAGUUUAGUACAUUUGGACUAGAUUUGAAUUGCGUUAGUGUUAGCAGUGAUUUGUCUUAACGAUCUCCAAUCUCUGUCUCAAAUGUGAGAAUGUUUAUGUUAGUUCUGUCAAAAAAAAAAAAUGUAGUUCAUAUGUUAUUGCCAUAACUUCUCACUUUUUAUCGUAAGUUUCAAAUUUGGUUUUGCUUU